UGAAAAGUGGAAACAGAACCCAUUGUGGUGCUGGAGAGGAGUGGGAGCCCCUGCCGGAGCGAAGAAGAAGAAUUAAAGGCAAUUCCGUGGCUGCGGACGGACUCAUGAUAGGCGGACUGAUAUGGACGUUGUCGCUCAACGCAGGCGGCGGUGUCCUUUGUGAGGAGGAGCGCGUUGUCCAGUCGGAAAGAUCCGGUAUAUGAAGAGUUAAGAGCAGACAUCCCAACUGUUUAUCGAGCAGCUAGCAGGCUAGCUGGCUAGAUACCCGGGAGCGAGACAUGGGAAGCCCGUGUGAGUUUGCCUGAUAGAGAUCUUCGUCGACCUUUUGAAGAAGCUAUUUUCGGUGCGGACAUUAUCAGUGGGGAUUUAAAGUAUCUAUCGCUCGCUGAUUAAGUGACAGCAACUUUGAAGAAUGAUAUCAACUGAGCGCUAAGCAAUUUACUACUGCUGAUACUACUACAACAACAGAGCCGGAGAGGGAUAAAGUCAGACAGACCUGCUGGCUCAAGGUUGCAGACAAACCUCAAGAAAGGAGAACAUGACUCACUGGCCUCUGCCAGGGACUGGCACGGGGCAGCAGUGCCAACCUCGCCUCUGCCUCCCACUUUAGAAGUUACCCCAGUUAGCCAUGACGGAGAGGCAUUGAGGUCAGCUCCCUGUCGAUCUUUUCAAUACCUCUCCUCCUCCCUGCCCCUCAAGACCCUCUCCCCUGCCCCGCCCCCAUCAUGCUGCGCUUCCUGCCUCUCAAACUCGGCCGCCUGUACCGCUGUCUGAAGCUCCUGUUGGUGGUGGGAUUGUUUGUCAUCUUGUUGAUGAACACCCACAACCUGUUCGCUUCCUUCCAGAAGAAUGAGCUCACUGACAGACGGUUCAUCAAUCUCAACAAGUGUCCAGCCUGCUUUGGUACGAGCUGGUGCCGCAAGUUCAUGAACGGCCAGGUCUCCUUCGAGACCUGGGGUCGCUUGCGGUUCCUAGAUGUAUUCAAUGUCAAGAAUGUUUACUUUGCUCAGUACGGCGAGCCCAGGGAGGGUACACGUCGUGUGGUACUCAAACGUCUCGGUUCCAACCAGGAGCUGGCUGAGAUCGACCAGAAAAUCUGCAAGAGGGCCACUGGCAGGCCACGCUGUGACCUCAUCCAGGCAAUGUACAAGACUGAAUUUGCCCGGAUCAAUGGCGAUGUUCGCCUGCUCACUCCAGAGGUGGUAGAGGGCUGGUCAGACCUGGUGCACUGCCCCUCACAGAGGCUGCUGGACCGCGUGGUCCGCAGGUAUGCUGAGACCAAAGACUCAGGCAGCUUUCUCCUCAAGAACCUCAAGGACACGGAGAGAAUGCAGCUGCUAAUGACAUUGGCAUUCAACCCUGAACCACUCGUAUUACAGAGCUUUCCUUCAGACGAAGGGUGGCCGUUUGCCAAGUACCUGGGAGCAUGUGGGCGCAUGGUAGCUGUUAACUACGUUGGCGAGGAGCUGUGGAGCUUCUACAACGCACCCUGGGAGAAGAGGGUGGACUUGGCGCGCCAGCUGAUGGACAUCGCCGAGCAGCUCACAAACAAUGACUUUGAGUUCGCCCUCUACCUGCUCGACGUCAGCUUUGAUAACUUUGCGGUCGGCCCGCGCGAUGGAAAGGUCAUCGUCGUCGACGCGGAGAACGUCCUCGUGGCAGACAAAAGGCUGAUCAAGCAGAACAAGCCAGAGAACUACGACGUGUGGUACGAGAGCCGCUUCGAGGAGUGCGACCGGGAGGCCUGCCUGUCGUUCUCCAAGGACUCCCUCUGCUCCAGGGUCACCGUGGACCACAACUACUACGCCAUCUGCCAGAACCUGCUGUCGCGGUUCGCUAAGUGGCGGGGCUCCACCGGCGGCCUCCUCCACGACCCGCCGGCGCACAUAGCCAAAGAUGGACAACUCGAGGCUCUGUUGGACGAGUGCACCAAACCCAAAAAGCGAUACGGCCGCUUCCAGGCGGCCAAAGAACUGCGCGAGUACCUCACGCAGCUAGCUGCCAGCUCCUCCUCUGCCACGGCAAGGUAAUGAAUGGAGAUGGCAUCAGCCGGAAGCACAGAGGGACUGGAUCCUGUACUCUUAAUCUCCAGACUCUUGAAAUCCUGGUUCUUGUUCAUGAUGUCAUUUGCUCCCCCCCUUUUGUGCGCCUGAGCAGGGAAAUAGCAGAGGUCUUGCAUCGGGAAGUGUAAGAGUGUAAGAGCUUCACAGCAGAUUUGUUGAAGCUGGAGCUUUUACCUGACUUUGCUCCUGUGUGAAAGAGCAGGGAUUCUGGUCGGAACCAGGACAGAGAGGGGGGGGAUAGAGGAAACUUCUCUAACAGGGUGGGCCUGCCAUGUCUUUGAAGGGCAGUUAAGUGAGAAAGGGCGUUGGUGAACGCAGCCUUCACUGGACCCAGGCUAACGCAAAUCACAGCAUCUACGCAGCAGCAGCUGUUCACUCCUCCAUCCGUCAGAACUGUUGUGUUUCUUAACCCUCCAUCUUAACACCUGUUUCAUUUGGCCCCGAGGAUCUCUCUCUCUCCCUUUUAUUACUUUUGUUUCAGGGCUGAAUUUAAGUAGAUUGGUGCAUUUACAUUUUUGCUGUGCCAUGGCUUUUUUUUUUUGUUUCCUCUCUCCCUCUGUAGCAUGGCUGCAGGGAAGGUGGAGGUAGCAUGAAUUUUCCUGCUGUCAGGCAGCAGAGAAGGCCAAGCGGCAGGUAGAGUCGGAGAGGCAGGGGGGUUGGGGGUUUGGAGGGGGUUUGCUUUCCAUGCAGCAGAAAAAGAAAACCCUUUACGGCCAUCGGCGAUCACAUGGCAAUCAUCUUUCUUUUUUGUCUGGGUGUUUUCCCUUUAAUAGGAACCAGAGAGAGAGCGAGACAGCAGCACAUAGGAAAAAGAGAAGGGUUACUCAUACAGUGGUGGUCCCUUGAUGCAGAUGUGCCUAUACCAAAGAGGCUAUAUGUAAUAUUAAAAAAAAAAAAACUUAAAAUCAGUACAGAGUGACGGCAACUUUCCCUCCAGUUGUUCCCCGUUAAGGAACCUCUUUAAAUGUGUACACAGUCCUGUAUGAGCGGACAGGCCUGCGGAAUGUUUUUCCUCUCCAGUAAGAACCAAAACAAAGGUUUGGCAAUACUUGAUGUCACAUAAUCCUCUCUGCUUUUGUUCCAUUAUUUUUUUUUUUUUUUUUUAGGUUUAAAAGAAAUCAUGAUGAAAAGAAUGGGAGUGUUCGAUAACACUGCAAAGAAGUGGCUUCCUGUGC